UUCGAGAUGGAGGAAGACUCAAUACCCAUCUCCGGACGAGAAAAAGUGAAGAUCAGUACGGAAAAAAGUGUCUUUAGACUCGUACCAAAAAUUAUCAAACUGAAGUGUUUUCUUUGUAAUAUGUGAUUUCUUAUUUUUUUAUUAAAAUAAUUAUACACCAACCAUAUUCAUUAUCUGAUCUCUCUCCGUAUACUAAUCGCGGUUUAUACCGUUUAAAUGAAAAUUCGAGAAGUACCACUAAUUAUUUGUAGAUCUGAAAGUUCUUCAGAAAACGCAAUUAUAAAAUCGAUGAUAUUAAAAAAUUCCUCUAAAAUCUAGGAAAAAUGGUGGUUCUGGUAACUCUGAAGAUAACUAUUUUCUCAUAACAUAACAGAACAUAAUUUAUGAAACCUCUCUAUACAACACGUGAUCUAAACAAAUAUGGCCGCCUACAGGAAAUUCCUAACUGCGUUUGGCAGUUCACCGAGUAAUUAUUUUACUUGUUCAACGACUAGUCAUCACUUUUUGAAUGGAGCGAGAUCACAGAAAAUGCGAGGCAAUUUGAGAAAUAGAUUGUUGACAUGUCAGCCAUGUAUGACAUACGGGUCUCGCGCGAUCGAGAAAAAGCUUGGCAUACCACCAAGGCCAAAGAGACCAAUGACGCCAUUCAUCGCGUACAGUGUGCUAGAGAGGGGCAGAAUUGUUAAAGAACAUCCUGACUUACGACCCAGAGACAUAAUGAAGAAAAUAGCUGAGGAUUGGAAGACUUAUAGUCUACCACACAAAGAAGAACUUAGGAAAAACUACCUGCACGAGCUCCAGGAGUACACAAAACAGAUAAUGGCAUAUGAAGAGAAACUGACGGAUGAACAGAAGAAAAGUAUCAAGGAUGAAAAGUUGAGGGGAAUGGAAGCCACUGAGAAGGUCAAGAUGAAGGCGAAAUUGCGUGAACUUGGAAAGCCCAAAAAACCUCCAACGAUGUUCAUCCUCUUUAUGCUGUCCAGAGCCCACACCAAGGAGAAAGACAUGAAAUUUUCAGACUGGCUGUCUAUCGCUGCUAAAGAGUGGAGCGACGCUCCCAGAGAAGUCAAAGUUAAAUUCGAGAACGAAACCCAGAAACUGAUGGAGCAGUACAAAAAAGAAAUGAUUAAUUGGGAAGAGAAAAUGAUUAAACUGGGUCACAUUGAUGUUGUGAGGAAACAAGUGCUCAUGGACUUAAAGGGUAAAAAUAUCGCAAAUAAAAAGUAACUGUAUUCCAAUAAGUAUUUUACACAGCCUUUAAAUACCUCUCCCUGUGGAAUUCGUCAUUUUUUAUGACAAUUAUUUUUGAACAGAGGAAAUAUUAUUUCUGAUUAACUGUAAUGAAACUUGAAAAUAUCGAACAUAGUGAAUACGAAUACUUUUGUAUCUGAGUAAAACCUGAAAUUCUGUGCAACUUAUUCAAUUAGCUGAUGUUUGUCAUUUAAAGGACAUUGAAAAAUAAUAAUAAAAUGCAUCGAAACAAAA